GUUUUCCUAGACCCUCAGCGAUCAACUUUGUCAUAACCUGAAGACCGAGAAUCCCCAAUCACCACAUGGUCGUUUCCACUACCACCGUCGUCAUGACAUCACCCUCUCCCCUCUCUUGGUCUCACGAGCAGCAUCCUCAGCUACUCUCGCACGACGAUUAUAUCGACUUGCGCAAUAUCCAGGACCACCAGCUGAAAGUCGAGUUCACAUCCGUUCGAUGUUCUAUCGACCUUGUGCGGCAAGAACUCAAAAACGACAUCGGUUUCGUCAAGGCUCAGACGCAGCGCCUCGAAGCCCAGAACCAGCGCCUCGAAGCCCAGAUCCGUCAAUCACAUGCCUACAUGCGGAAUAACGCGUUGAAGAAUCCAACUCUCCCCAUCCGCCCUGUCGUUGUGUAUCGCCCUGAACAAGGCAUCCUCGAACCCGAACUCACACGAUUUCCCCGAAACGCAAACGAGUUUUAUUCCUUGAGGGACCCUCAAACGAAUCGACACCGGUCGAUGUUAUCUUAUCUCGCUGCCUUCUACGAUGUUCAACUUAGAACUGCAGACUAUCCUUCAGAAGACGACAGUAGCGACGACGAAACAUUUGACUGCCCGGAUGUUAUUGUGGAGAAGCUGGAGGACAUCCUUGGCUUGAACGAAGAUAAAUUUGUCAAGUUUCGGGAAAGAGCACGCCAAUUAGCAACGCAGACCCCCUCCAAACCUACCAAACGCUCGCAGGUUUUCCUCCCCGACGAGAAAUCAAACUUUAGUCCACGCCGACAGAGACUUGAGGUGCGUCCGAUCGGCGCCGAAGAUGACAGGCUACACAUUCACCAUACCGGAGGCCGCCAAAGUCCCAAAAGCGCCUCUUCAGAAGGCUUGACCAAUGCCCGUCUCGGAUGGGGGCCCCGCUCAACCCCUUCCUCGCGACGACUCCGAAUAAACUGUAUUCAAGAGCCCGAGUCUGUGUCUGUCGCACAUGGAUCUCAACCCGAGACACCGAAGACUGAAUCCGAGAUAUCCGAGCCUAAGGCGACAGUUAGCGAAAGCCAGACACAUGCGUUCACGAGUCCGCGGGAACCAUAGGCUCUUUCCACCGAAGCAUGCCGAUCGAAUCAUAUCAUAACACUCGGUUCGAAUCCGGUCGCAGAAAAAACCCUGCCAUAAUUCGACUUCCCAAUCCACGGGGUUUAGACCGGAGAAGUCAGACAAUCAGCUCGAAGACCUGGCACCGUCGUAACAUCUUUAUGACGACGAUGCCAGCAUGAUUGAAGAGGACCUGCCCGACCAUCGAUCCAUGGAUAUUCCCGUCCAGGCUUCAAGAUCGCGCUAAUUCCCGGUAUACCGGUCCUGUUUCUCCGCACAACGGCCCAGGUAUGAGUUGGGAACGCAGCUCUCUUGCUGCCUUCUAGUCACCACCACAAUGCUACGGCAUACCGGAAACCUCAGGCGCAACCCGGGUCUAGCUUCCUGUUACUGCAGCUUGUCUAUUCCCUGCUUCAUUUCAAGCUACUUAAUUUACAGCACACCUUGAUUUAGCAAGCCUAAGAACUGCCCUUUGCAGAUACAAACUAGUGGCUUUAAACAUUAAAGCGUUCUAAAGAACUUCCUUGUUUGCUUUGUUCCCUGUCAGACCUCAUGUGAAACACUCAAGAGUUCUUAGAGCUACUGUUCCCUGUCUCAGAAACCCAGCUCUGAAAUAUCUCUUGCGUCACCUUUUCAGUUUGACAUAAGCCGCUUCAGAUGCCACGCCCAGCUAACAAUACCUAUAGCGUGUAUGCGGAACCCUCCAGGUCUGAAAGACUUGGAGUCCACCGGAAGAGCGAUUGCAGGGCUAUCUCUUCCGAGUCCAACAUCCAAGACGGUUUGUAUACUUGGCUUAGACGGUCGUGGUGGACACCUUUUGUGAACAGCCGUCGUGGACAUUUCAAAGUUAUCCCCUCUUGGAAGAAUAUCAGAUUCAGAGACCUAGAAACGGACAAAGUAUAGGUUCUAUUGCCAGCG